UUGUGAGUAUGUGUGUUUCGCUAUUGUCAUUCUUGUGGUGCAUUUUGAAAAGUGAGCCCAGACAAAUCGUGCUAUAGACAUUUUUUAUUGUUUUUUCUUCUUCACAAAACAAAAGAGAUGUCAUCAUUGAAUGUUGACAGCAGCCUUCUACCAGAAGAGCAGUUCCUGUGCUCUAUCUGCCUGAAUGUGUUCACUGAUCCAGUUACCACUCCUUGUGGCCACACCUUCUGCAAAGCCUGUAUUAGUGGACACUGGGAUAACAGCGAGAUAUGCCAGUGUCUAAAAUGUCAGAAACGAUUCUAUGUGAGACCAGAGGUCUCCACCAACUCUGUGAUAGAGGAGAUCUCUGUGCAUAUCAAGAGAAGAAGACUUAAUGUACCAGAAUGCUUAGCUGCUCCUGGGGAGGUUGCUUGUGAUGUUUGUUCUACAAGAAAGCUCAAGGCCCUGAAGUCCUGCCUGGUGUGUCUCACCUCUUACUGUGAGACUCACCUGGAGCAUCAUCAGAGAGUGGUGAAUCUGAAGAGACACAAGCUGAUCGACCCAGUGGAGAACCUGGAGGACAGGAUGUGCAAGAAGCAUGAUAGGCUGCUGGAGCUGUUCUGUAGGAGCGACCAGACAUGUGUGUGCCAGUUUUGUGCUGAGACACACCACAAGUCUCACGAUACUGUGCCCAUUGAAGACAUGGGAGCACACCAGAAGAGUGAGCUUGCAGCCGCUAAAGCAGGGGUUGAAAAGAGGGUCCAGGUCAGACAGAAAAAGGUGGAUGAAAUCAAACACUCCGUGGAGCUCAGUAGGAAAAGUACAAACAAAGAUAUUGAGGACAGUGAGAAUCUCUUCACCAAUCUGUCGCGUUCGGUUGAAGAAAGACGAACCAAUCUAAAGCAGGUGAUGGAGGAGAUGCAAACAGCAGCAGAGAAAAGGGCUGAAGGGCUCAUCAUUGACCUGGAGCAGGAAAUCACUGAGUUGCAGAGGAGAAGCACUGAGCUGGAGCAGCUCUCACACACUGAGGACCACCUCCACUUCCUACAGACUUACCUGACCCUAUGUGCCCCUCCAUCCACCAAGGACAUUUCUGAGAUCAGUGUGUACUCAGAUCUGUUUGUUGGGACAGUGAGGAGAGCCGUGUCCAAUCUGGUGGAGAUAUUCAAGAGAGAAUUGAAAACACUAACAGACAUGGAACUGAAGAGAAUGAGGGGGUUUAAAGAGGACGUCACCCUGGACUCGAACACAGCAAGUCGUUGGAUAUGCCUGUUUGAUGGUGGCAAACGCAUCAAAUGCUCUAAAACACCCCAGAUCAUAUCUGACAACCCAGAGAGGUUCAACAUCUACCCCAUGAUUUUAGGAGAGAAAGGCUUCAACUCUGAACGCCAUUACUGGGAGGUUCAGGUGGGCCUAAGAAAUGACUGGGAUGUAGGCGUUGCCAAGGAAACAGUAAACAGGAAGGAAGAGGUCCAAAUUAACUCAGCGCAUGGGUUCUUUGCACUGAGAAAAGAUGGAUUUGAUUAUAAGGUUCAUUCCUCCCCCCUUAAGAAUCUUUAUCUGAACCCCAGGCCUAGAAAAAUUGGAAUCUAUGUGGACUAUGAGAGGGGUCAGGUUUCCUUCUAUGACGUGGAUGAAAAAUCUCACAUCUACUCUUUCACAAACCAGUCUUUCACAGAGAAAUUCUACCCUUACUUUUACGUGUAUAGCAAGGCCAAAAAGUCAGAGGCAUUGGUAAUUUCCUGCAUGGAGGACCCAAGAGCACGCUACCUAUCACUCCUGCAAGCCGUCUCUAAAGCUAAAGAGUAACCAUAUUAAUUGUAUGGCUCUAGCACUCUAGAAAUCAGGUUUUAUAGUUUCCCUUCCAGUCAUUCUAAUGCAUCAUAAUGUGGUUCACUUUCUAUAAAUUCCAUAAAUAUUUAUUUCUAAUGUUUCUUUAUUGACAGUGUCAAAACACAUUUUAUAGACAUUUUACACAUCGUUGAACACUAAUUCAAUAUUGUUGACACUGUUGCCUUUCUGUAUCAAUGGCUGUUUAGUUUGUAUGUAAGCUAUGAGUGUAUAAUGUUAUAAAUCAAAAUAAAUAUUUUUCUAAUCUA